AUGCAGCUCCAUUGGGUCCUAGCCAACCUCUCCGUCUUCGCGACGAGUGUGUUGGCGGCACCCUCAUUGGCGACUCUUGUGCAACCUGGACUCAAAAAAGCAAAGAUUUACGGCGGCAAUUCGGCCAACCAGCUCAUCGACGGCACGCCAUGCAGGGCCAUUUCAGUGGUAUAUGCACGGGGAACCACACAGGCAGGCAACAUUGGCAAUUCCAUCUCGGUCGGCCCGAUUACGUUUGACGCGCUCGUCGAAAUGGUCGGCCAGGAUAAGGUGGCGGUUCAGGGAGUUGACUACAAGGCCAGCUUCCACGGAUACGCCGAGGGCGGCCAACCGGAGGCUACGGGCAAAACGGUGAACUUAAUAACACAUACACUACAGAGAUGUCCUAAAACCAAACUCUUUCUUCUUGGCUAUAGUCAAGGAGCACAAGUUGUCCACAACGUGGUGGAGGCAUUACCCGCCCACACGGCUAUGCAGCUUACUGGCAUCCUCACCUUUGGCGAUCCUGACGCAAAAGACUCAGUUCCUGAGUAUACCCAGGGUAAAUGGAACAUCAUUUGCCAUUCUGAUGAUAGACUUUGCAAAGGUAGCCACCUUCAUGUGACAUAUGGUCACCUCAACUACCAAAAGGAUGCUAAGCGUGCCGCGAAAUGGAUUGCCACCAAGGCUGGGGCCCUCUCGCAAGCACCUAAUGCUGUAGCAUCUAGGAUAGACGUGAAUGGAUUGGGAUCUUAUAUUAAGAAUAUGGUUGGUAUGGCAAAAGAUCAUAGUGUGGCAGGAACUGGUGGUAUUGCAGCACCAGCCGCCAGACGGCGUUAA